UGAUUACGUCAUCCAAGAUUUCCGGAAAUGUACUGGAUAGCACCAUUACAGUAUAAGGUUGUUGUUAAGAAUGUGGGGCAUUUUUGUAUCCAGUUAUUUUAAUCGGCUAGUUAAUUAUCCUGGUUUCUCGCAUGAACUACUAACGAUACUAUUUUAUGUCGCGUGAUCGUUUUUUAUUAAUACUAUUUUACUAAAUCGGGUCGUUCUGAGUGCGCGACGGGAUCUUUUACAAUGUCCAGUUGUGUUGUAUUUCAUUCUCAGCUAACUUCCAUUAUGGAGGUUCUAACUAAAACGGCAGUGACAGAAAUUUGCCAGCUCGUCGACAAUGGAUAUGCGGUUUUACGUUUGGAAAUAUCUCGGAGUGAGAAAGAGAACCAAACCCUGAAACGAAAACUGCAGAUGUUGGAGCUGAUGGUUGCGCGGGGAUAUGCCGAAACUGGACUGCGAGAGACCUCUGCUGCAAACAGCCUACCAGAUGGAGCCCAGGGUUUCGACGGAUCCAGAGAAACAGAAAGGGAGAAUCAUUUUGCAGCUGCAGAGCGAGCCUUUGGCUGUCAGUUGGGUGUUAGUCUGUGGAAAGAUGGAGAGCCCACAGCUGUGGAUGAAGAGGACACUUCAUUGGCUUCUGCCAUGAGGGAUGAGUGUACAGACUUGGAGGAGGGAAGAUCUCAAUCACUACUCAUAAAAGAAGAGACGCUUGAAGAGGACUUGGAGAGCAGUCAUCCACAAGAAGCUGUGGAGUUAGAUGAUGGUAAAAGGGCUCCCAUUGCAGAACCUCAGACUGCACCUCCAGUAGGCCAAGAGCAGCUCACUGAGCAGCACAGCACAAGACACAGUGUUUGGGAAGACAGCGGACUGGACACUGUUCUAAAGGCAGAACGAGAGAUCAAGACAGGAGCUGAAAACAGAGCAGGAAGACUAAACAUUUUGGACUACGAGGACAUAAUCCAGGAGAGAUCCGCUGAACUGCCUUUCACUGCGGAUGGGAUCCCAGAAAAGGACAAGGAGGAAGCUGCUUGUUCUUAUCCUGUGGAAAGUGACACAGAGAACCUUUCGGUUCACUCAGAGCUGCUGUCGGGGAAGAGUCUGUCCUCCCUAGGGUCACUUGACAUGAAAAGAGAGGAUGAAACAAUCGACUCUGAGCUCCUAAAAGUUGAAGCAGAGAUACGUUCUGCAUGGAGCAAAGAGAUCAUGUCAGGAGUGAUUUCUUCACAACACAGCUACUAUGGUAAAGACUGGGAGAGCGAUGAGCUUCUGCUUGAAAAUGACACCAAUGUUUGUCCCUCACAAACUGAAAUGGCGGGUCGGGACAACACAGCAGACGUCAGAUCCAAUGCCUUAAGUAUGAACGGAUGGGCCCCCUACGACAAAAGCUCUGUCACAUCAAGAAUCUCUGAGACACACUCUGCAAACGCAAGAGAAGAACGGUUUAUUUGCACAUACUGCGGAAAAAGUUUCACUUGCCAGAAUGUUUUUGAAGCACAUCAGAGAACUCAUGUCACAGAGAAACCAUUUAAUUGUUCGCAGUGUGGGAAGAGGUUUGCUCAGUUGAGUAAUCUCAUAACGCAUCGAAGGGUUCACACGGGGGAGAAACCUUACAGCUGUACACACUGCGGGAAGCAGUUUGCUCAGUCACGCUAUCUUGUGACACAUCUAAGAAUCCAUACAGGAGAGAAACCAUUCAGCUGCACACAGUGCGGAAAGCGGUUUGCCCAGUCCAACAAUCUUGUACGACACCAGAGCGUUCACACUGGAAAGAAGCCCUUCAGGUGCUCGCAGUGUGGGAAGAGUUUCACAACUUCAAGUCACCGUAAAAGACACGAGAGUGUUCACAAUGGAGGGAGACCAUACACUUGCACUUUGUAAAGAAAUGUUUCAUUGUUCUCUCUGAAAAUGUACCAUAAUGUUUAGACUGAACAUGAGCAACUUACUGUCUCAUUCUUUCAGAAGAGUUUCAUGAAUAAGGGUGGCUUCAUUGUUACAUCAGAUCGAUUUACCCUGUGACACUGCCUUUUAAGACAGCAGAAUGGUCACUCUUCAGAAUUAGAAGUUAUGAGCAACCCCAUUUAGUUAGCAUAGUAAGCAAGUGUUGCAUAUGCAACAUUUAGUAAGCAUAUUACUACUGGGCAUGGAUUUUCUUCUGGUGGGGGUGGGCUACAUAUUGUGAUUAACUGUCCAAGUCAUUUACUGUUGCCCUGUGAAAAGAGUUGCUUUUUUAAUUUAAUGACAUUAACAAACACUGGCAUGCAUGAUUGAAAUUGAGUUAGGUUAUGUCUCUGAAAUCAAAGAAGUGACUACCUUUAUACACUGUAUUAGGUCCUUAAUUAUAGUAAAAUUCGAGCUAGAUCUCAAGAUGAUUUUAGAUGUAAAUAAUGUAGACUAGGUUAUUGACAAUGGGAGCUGCUGAGCAAAUUAGUAAUACCGUAAAACUUCCAACAAGGACUGGGCCUUUACUUCACAAGAUGAGAGCAUCGGGACCUAAUUGGAGACCAGGGCCCUUGAGAGAAGGUGCCUAUAAGCCCACAUUCAAUACCAUAUGCCACAAAGUCACCAUUUAACACCCCCAACCCUCCACGCUACUUUCCACAAGCAAAUCAACCACAUGUAAGAAACUUCAAAUUUCUCAUGUACAAAAGCAUUUUACUUUCACUGAUUGUAUCUAACGGAAUUUCCCAUGAAAAAAGAAAAACUGAAUUCAGUUGUUUUUUUACCGCUCUACUGCGCUCUGUGUAAUAUCUUGGGUACAUUAACACUUAUCUAGCUAACAAGUUUGCUGUUGAUAUGUGCAAUAUUUAUUCAAUUUAGCAAGUGUCAAUGAAGUAUGUUGUGCUAUGUAGUUAGGCUAUGUUUGUUCUCAGUUGAUGAAGACCGCUUCGCUACAAUUUUUACUGCAGUGUAGCUGAAGUUUUGAUGCAAAUGUAGUAUCCAGCUAGUUUUGUGUUGGGUGGUUCUUUGCCUCUGCAUUGUACAUUAAAAUCAUAUACCACA